AUGGCCAUCUUCGGUCUCUGGGUUAUAAACAAGGCUGGAGGCCUGGUGUACGAGCGUAGCUUCGGUGAUGGGCUCCCCCAUCUGACAUCUAACGAGUAUCUCGUGCUCGCGGGCACUCUACACGGAAUUCACGCCAUUACAAGUCGUCUAUCGCCAACAGGCUCGAGCUCCGGUGCUCACGUUAUUUCUGGCGAGACAUUCAAGAUGAACAUUCUAUUGACUGCUACUGGGACGAAGUUUGUCCUGUUGACUUCCUUGGUUGAGCCUUCAGCAGACUCGGUCUUGCAGAAGGUAUACGAGAUCUACGCAGAUGCCGUCAUGAAGAACCCGUUCCACACACCCGAGAUGCCCAUCCGUAGCGAAGGCUUCGAUACUCGUAUAGUCGCGCUACUGGGUUGACACAGUUCCUGUCGUUGUCGUGCCCGUGUAGAAUCGUAUCC